CACACGGUGAGCGGUGGAGCCCGCUGACAUUGUCGACACUUGGGCUGUUGCUGUUCUGCUUCUUCUGCUUCCUCUGGCUCUUCUGCUGUGUAUCCUUUCUCUUUUCGUUUCCGUUCCAUCUUCUCCGGCUUUUUUCGUUUCCAGUUCAUGGGCUUUCACACUUCUCUCUCUUCUUUGAAGAGGCGAAUAUCGCAUCCCUUUUCUAGGUCUAAGCUGAAAACUAAAAAUCACAAUAACAAUACUAACAUUACUGCUACGAACAGUAAUGACAACAAAAUUAACAAUAAAAGUAUAAGUCUUGACGAUAUUAAUGAUAUCAAAAACAUAAUCAACAAAAACCAACUAGAUCCUCCAAUUCAUUCCAUAACUAAUUCUAAAACUAUUCCCACUUUAACUCAUAAUAAUUUUAAUGGAAAAUCUUUAAAUAAAACAAAAUCACUUAAAUCUUUCAAAUCGUUAA